ACGUGGAGCGCGCGGUCAGUUCCUCGCCGACUAUGAGCGGCGAAAGCCAUGCCGGUUACGAACGCACGCGUUGUAUUCUCAGUGGCUCUGUCGUUGCUUGCCUUAUUGCCGUCGCUGUCCCUGCAGGCCCGUACGCAGAUCUCGGAUGGCUUUAUUGAUCAAUACGAAACAACCGCGAAUGGUCCACCAGGCCGUUCCAAGUGGAACGGGAACACUGAUAUUUCCGGACCACCGGGUCAUAAUAAAUGGGGAAGUAACGGCAGAGGGCCACCAGGUGGCCGGGGUCCUCCUGGAUUAGGAGGCGGUGGUCCUCCAGGAUUGAGCGGUAACCGUCCUCCGGGCUGGAACAAAGUAAACACCGAAAGUUCGUCCGAAGGUGUCAACUAUCCACGUCCAAAUAACGAUGAAAACUAUCCUCGUCCAAAUAGCGAUGAAAACUAUCGUCCAAAUAAUGGUGAAAACUAUCAACGGCCAAACAAUAAUGAAAACUAUCCUCGUCCAAAUAACGGUGAAAAUCAUCAACAGCCAAACAGCGGUGAAAACUAUUCUCGUCCAAAUACCAAUGAAAAUUAUCGUCCAAAUAACGGUGAAAAUUAUCCCCGUCCAAAUAAUGGUGAAAGCCAUUCAUAUGGAAAUAAUGGUGAAAAUAAUUCCCGACCAAAUAAUGGUGAAAACUAUCCCCGUCCAAAUAACAAUGAAAAUUAUUCACAUGAAAAUAAUGAUGAAAAUUAUUCCCGUCCAAAUAAUGGUGAAAAUUAUCCAAAUAGAAAUAAUGAUGAAAACUAUUCACGUCCAAAUAACGAUGGAAACUAUCAACGUCCCAAUAGCGGUGAAAACUAUUCACGUCCAAACAAUAGUAGAACCACCCAAAGACCUUAUCCCGAUUACAAUAGAGAAGGGCCUCAUGGUCCAGACGAUCGCGUACCUGAUCGAAACGAACAUUCACAGAAUCGACAAUGCAGAGACAACGAGUUUCGUUGUAAAAGUAACGAGUGCCUGCCGCAAAGCGUCAGAUGCGAUGAUAAAAAUGAUUGUCACGAUGCCAGCGACGAAGAGUCUUGUAUUAGGAAUAGAAAUCAAGGAACCGGCUGUGUCUUGCCUGAACAACCGCAAGGUGGGCAUUACAAAUUGGCAGAUUGCGAAGGACAUUGCACCAAACGUCCCGGUGACAUCGUUCCCAAAAACAGCAUUCUCAAUUAUACCUGUAAAAGCAAUUACAUGUUGAAGGGAAACACUAUUUCCGUUUGUGUCGACAACGAGUGGUACCAGCCGCCUUCAUGCCUCAAAGUCUGUCCACCGUUGAACAGCACCAGCGUAGACAUUUCCUGCAGUUACCAGGGGGAAACGGUGUCCUGUAGCGAGCGUAUACUGCCUGGUACGCGGGCUACACUUGCCUGUAAAUCAUCUUAUAAAUUACCUUUAACGAACGAUCCGGCUUACAGAGAGAUCAAGUGUCUCGACGAUGGUUUAUGGGAUCGUCGCCUUUUUCGCUGUCUACCAGAAUGUGGAACGUCCAUCGCGCGCGGCAACACUUUAAUCGUAAACGGAUUCCAAGCCAAAGCAGGGGUAUUUCCAUGGCACGUUGGUAUUUACGCUAAGAACCGUGCAGGCGAGUACGAGCAGAUUUGCGGCGGGACUUUAAUUAGCAACAACCUCGUCGUAUCAGCGGCCCAUUGUUUCUACGACGAGGUUUACAACAAAUUGUACAACGAGUCAAAAUAUGCCGUGGGCGCCGGCAAACAUCGUCGCGAUUGGAACGCCAGGGAGAAAUACGCGCAGCAGUCCUCGGUGGAGAGCAUCCAGGCGGGCGGCAGGUACCAGGGGGCGAGGGGUAAUUUCGCUGACGACAUAGCUUUAGUCAAGUUGAAGACGCCCUUCGAAUUGACUACCUUAGUGAAGCCCGUCUGCGUUGACUGGGACAAUACGUACGAGAGGGAGCAGCUGCAAGUGGGACACGCCGGCAAGGUGGUCGGCUGGGGUAAAGACAUCAAAGGCGAAUCCACCAAGAGCUUACAGGAAAUUGACAUGCCGUUCGUGCCGUACGAUCAAUGUGUGUCCGCGGUGCCCGUGGACUUUCGAGGAUUCCUCACGUCCGACAAGUUCUGCGCCGGCCACUUGAACGGUUCGAGCGUCUGCGACGGCGACAGCGGCGGCGGCUUGUGUUUCGAGAAGGACGGGAUUUGGUAUCUGCGUGGGAUCGUGAGCGUAAGCCCGGAGAAUAAGGGCACGUGCGAUUACAACUCGUACGUUGGAUUUACCUACGUCAGUCACUUCCGCGAUUGGAUUCGCGAGGCCUACGUCACUGCGUGAGCGUGUGAGUCGCGCGGAGGAGCGCGAUAUAUAUGUUGUCGGCAUCAUCGGGCCUGCAAUAACGAGUCUGCAAUAACGGUACGGUUCGAUGUGACGGCUCGAAGCAAGAUAACAGCAACGAAAUAUUACGGAUUGACAAUUGUAAAUCUCCCCUUGCAAUUUUGGCAUCGAGUGGUGAAAACGUGAAAAAUGGAGGGACAGAGAUUUCAAGAUUCACGCGAUCAAACUGAUUUUUAUAAUAUUAAAAAUACAAUAUUAUCUCCGAAUGACACACUACUGAAUAUAAUUUAUAAAAGUUUUACAAAACUCUGUACUGUGUUCGACACUCUUUUAUCAAUAAUAAAGCGGUUUAAUUACACCACAUA